AUGCCUGUCGUCAGCCCCGAGAAGCUGGCCCAGCUCCAGCAAAACGCGGACAAUGUGCGGAAUAUCUGCAUCCUAGCCCAUGUCGACCAUGGCAAGACGUCGCUCACUGACGCCCUCCUCGCCACCAAUGGUAUUAUUUCAGCCAAGCUGGCCGGCAAGAUCCGUUACCUGGACUCGCGGCCCGACGAGCAGUUGCGCGGCAUCACCAUGGAGUCGUCGGCCAUUUCCCUCUAUUUUUCCAUGCUGCGGCGGGCAAACCCCGACGCAGCUCCCGAGGCUAAGGAGUAUCUUAUCAACCUUAUCGACUCUCCCGGCCACAUCGACUUCAGCAGCGAGGUGUCGACCGCCUCACGUCUCUGCGAUGGCGCCGUCGUGCUUGUCGAUGCCGUCGAGGGUGUGUGCAGCCAGACAGUGACAGUGCUGAGGCAGACGUGGACCGAGAAGCUCAAGCCGCUUUUGGUCAUCAACAAGAUCGACCGUCUAGUUACCGAGCUGAAGAUGACGCCCACCGAGGCUUACAUUCACCUGAGCAAGAUCCUCGAGCAGGUCAACGCCGUGCUCGGAAGUUUCUUCCAGGGAGAGCGCAUGGAAGAGGACCUCAACUGGCGCGAACGCAUAGAGGAACGAGUCGCCGCCGCCGUCGCUAAGGAGGCCAAGCUCGCAGACCAGCAAACCGACUCUGACGACCUCCUGUUUGAGGAGCGUGAUGACGAGGAGCUCUACUUUGCCCCCGAGAAAAACAACGUCAUCUUUGGCAGCGCUAUCGACGGCUGGGCUUUUACCGUCAGGCAGUUUGCCGGUCUCUACGAGAAGAAGCUUGGCAUCAAGCGCAGUUCUCUCGAGAAGGUUCUUUGGGGCAACUUCUAUCUAGACCCCAAGACAAAGAAGGUCCUGGGGCCUAAGCACCUGAAGGGCCGCUCUCUCAAGCCCCUUUUCGUUCAGCUGGUGCUGGAUCAGAUUUGGGCCGUCUACCAGGCCACAGCUGGCGGUGACAGCGGGACGGGGGAUCCCGUGCUUCUGGAAAAGAUCACAAAGUCUCUCAACCUGACAGUUCCUCCCCAUGUCCUCCGCUCUCGGGAUCCGAGACUACUCCUGACCACAGUUUUUGCAUCCUGGUUGCCCCUUUCAGUGGCUCUUCUGGUUUCGGUAGUGGAAUCCCUCCCGUCGCCGAGGAUAGCACAGGCGGAACGGCUGCCCGAUCUGUUGCAGAAUGUGCCCGGGGCAGACCAUGUCGACCCCAAAAUCAAGGACGCCAUGGUUUCGUUCAAGAAAUCGCCAUCGGACCCUAUGGUUGCCUACGUCAGCAAGAUGGUCUCCAUUCCUGAGAGCGAGCUACCUGAAAAUAAACGACGCGGGCCCCUCAACGGGGUAGAGGCGCGAGACCUUGCCCGGAAGAAGCGUGCCGAGGCAGCUCAAGCACAGGCAGCUGCCGCCGCUGCCGACGGUGCCGUGGACGGUCUCACAAACGCGAUGUCGAGCGCCACAUUGGAACAGAAGAAUACAGAUGUCGGUGACAAAGAGGUCGAGCCCGAGCACCUAAUAGGAUUUGCACGUAUCUUCUCCGGUGUACUGUCUGUCGGUGACCUAGUCUACGUCAUCCCCCCUAAGUUCUCGCCUGCUGACCCGCUCGCCUCGUCGGUACCCAAGACGGUAACGGUAGCCGCCCUCUACAUGCUAAUGGGGCGGAAUCUUGAAGCCCUUGAUUCUGUGCCCGCUGGCGUCGUCUUCGGCAUUCGUGGGCUUGAUGGGAGCGGUAUUCUCAAAUCCGGCACACUAUGUAGUCAGCUAGAAGGAGCAGUCAAUCUUGCUGGAAUCGCAAACAUCGCCGGUCGGCCCAUCGUCCGUGUGGCUCUGGAACCUGUCAACCCAUCAGACCUGGACAAUAUGAUCAAGGGCCUCCGAUUACUUGUCCAAAGUGACCCGUGCGCCGAGUAUGAACAGUUCUCUAGCGGCGAGCACGUGUUGCUGACUGCCGGCGAGCUACAUCUCGAACGCUGCUUGACCGAUCUGCGUGAGCGCUUUGCCCGCUGCGAGAUCCAAGCUAGUGCACCCAUUGUGCCUUACCGCGAGACCACUGUCCGCGCUGAGGAGAUGCGGUCUCCUGCCAACAAAGACCUCGGACGCGGCGUUGUGGUGGGAACGACGAGUUCCAAACAGGUGACAGUCACGCUGCGGGUCAAGCCCAUUCCAUCCAACGUUACCAGCUUUCUGGGAAAGAAUACCGGCGGCAUCAAGCGAUUAUUCUCUGACCGAGGAGCUGCCGGUGAGACGGGGCCCUCGUCUCAAGCGGCGGAUUCGACAGAAGCCGGAAUCGCUACCCCACCGGGCGAAAAGCUGGACGAGGACGACGAAGGCGUAUCGAUAGGAGCGUGUCUAACGCCUGAGGAGCUCAGGACACAGCUUUUGGCCCAGCUAGAGAGCGGAAAGGGUCGAGAUUCCUGGAAAGGCGUAGUCGACCGCAUUGUGUCUUUUGGGCCAAGGCGUUCGGGCUCAAAUCUCCUCAUCGACGCUACCAAGGGGCAGUACUUCUCCAAAGCCUUCGAUAAGAACCGCGACAAGGAUAGCCGCGGCCCGAUGGCCAACGAGAGGCUGCAAGCCGCUCACCUCUGCGACAGGAUAACGUACGGUUUCCAGCUGGCGACAAACCAGGGGCCGCUGUGCCACGAGCCCGUCGAGGGGGUCGCCGUCUUCAUCGAGGACAUCACCGUUGCGGCCGCCGAGGAAGAGAUACCCGCGCGCGAUAGGGUUGGCCGGCUGACGGGCGAGGUCAUAAAGACUGUGCAGCAGUCUAUGCACAAGGGCUUCCUCGACUGGUCGCCGCGCCUGAUGUUGGCCAUGUACUCGUGCGAGAUUCAAGCAAGCACCGAAGUACUCGGACGCGUCUACGACGUCCUGACGCGCCGGCGCGGGACAGUACUGUCCGAGGCCAUGAACGAGGGCACGCCCUUCUUCACGAUCCAGGCGCUGCUGCCCGUGGCCGAGUCGUUUGGGUUCGCCGACGAGAUGCGCAAGCGCACGUCGGGCGCCGCGCAGCCGCAGCUCAUCUUCACGGGCUUCGAGAUUCUCGACGAGGACCCCUUCUGGGUGCCCUUCACCGAGGACGACCUUGAGGACUUGGGCGAGUUUGGCGACCGCGAGAACGUGGCGAAGCGGUACAUGGACGGCGUGCGGAGGCGGAAGGGGCUGCUCGUAGAGGGGAGGAACGUGGCUACGGAUGCGCAGAAGCAAAAGACACUGAAGCGGUGA